GCAAACGUCGUCGAAAGAGGUCGUUCAGCGCGAGUUGUAUUUAUGUAAGGUGACGUCUUCGUUGACGUGCUCUAUGAAAGAGACACUUUAACAAACUCAAUAGAUAAAAAUAGUGCGUUAUUCCUCAUUAUAUCUGAAAAUGGCCACAAAAUACUGUGCGCUCUGCCGUAAGAGAACGACGGAAAGGAAUGUUUUAGUACCACGUGACGACAGCAGAAGGGAGCUCUGGUCAAGGAUCACAGGCGUUCAAUUUACGCGCUCUAGUAGAAUUUGUGGCAGCCAUUUCAAUGAUUCUGACUUCUUUUACUACCCGUCCAACAAUGCAAAUAAACGGAGACGUCUUCUGCCAACAGCUGUACCCCAAAAGCCAGGAGCCAAGCAAGUGUUCACAGAACAUAUGCCAUCAGCAUAUUUUCCAAAAAAUCCGGAUGUUUUAAAAAGUUGGCUCACAUUUUGCCGCAAGAACAACAAUGACAAGAUAAAGCCAUACCAAAAAAGCGUCAUUUGCAAUGAGCACUUUAAGGAGGAGGACAUCCAAGGAGGAUUGCAAUUUCAAAUGGGAUUGUGCUCGAAGAGAACGCUGAGACCAGGCGCCGUGCCAUGCAUCAAUAAAAAUGAUAUGAGUGAGGCCGAACGGGAGAACUCGGAAAAGCGCAAGAACAAAUUGUUGGUCGCAGAGCUGCUCGAGGAAGCGGAAGCGCGGGAGGCGGCCGAGGCUAGUGGAGAAAUUACAAUUGCCCCUGACUUUGUCCGAAAUACAGGCAUUGUCUCUGUUCCCGAUUUUGUUAGCGCCACUGGAAAUGCCUUCGUUCCAUUCACACCCGCACCUACAGAUACAGAUCCCUUGGCUGAGGAGCAAUCGGAGGCUGAUAUUUCCACAAGUAGCAGUAGAAAGGAUGUUACUUUAAUCAAUAAGAACAAAUGCCGCACCUGUUCUCGUCCCUUUGUUGUUGACGAAAAUGCCAAAGAUCUGUGCAACGAGGAAAACGCAGUCAUGUUAUAUCACAUAGAAGUUAUUACCGGCAUUUGGAUCCAAUGCAACGAUGAAAUUUCGCGAUUCAUGUGCUCCAAGUGUGUGGACAAGUUGCGCACAGCCAUUGAGUUCCGGGAAAUAUGCAUUCGUACAGAGCUGCUGCUUACAGGUGGCGACGAUGUUGAACUUCCGGAGAACGACAUGGAACUGUGCGAUAGUGAUAAGGGGGAAGCGCAGUUGAUUGACCAUAUAAAAGAGGAGGAAUUUAUUUCAGUAUUUCCGGGUGAGGAGGAAGAUGGAUUAACAACUGUAAUUGAGCCGUUAUCAGGAUCAGUAACUAAAAAAAUCGGUCAGGUAUUACAUCCGGCGGCAGUGGAUUCAAGUAGUCUUGCUCUGGGUGCCCAGAUCUAUGAAGAUCUUUUAAAUGAAUAUCUAGGAAAGGAGAAGAAACCGCGACCCAAACAAAAGACGGCAAUAAACCCAAACGGGAAAGAAGAAGACACCACGACCAAAUCAAAAGUCGACAAUAAUUCCAAACGCCCAUCCGUGAGACAAAGACAAAAAAAGCCUGGGGAGCCAGCGCCCAAGCGUACAAGACGCACGAAAGAGGAAAAAAAUCGGAUUCGACGUGAACAGAUCAGAGCCAUGCCACUCAAUCACGUGUGCGAUCAGUGCGGAGCAUCUUUCCGGGUGAGAUGCAAUCUGACAAUACACAUGCUGAGACAUACGCACACCAAAAACUACGAAUGUCCCGAAUGCCCUAAGAAGUUCUAUGAUGCAUACAUGAGGAACAUGCAUAUCCGUGUGCGUCACAAGGGGGAGCUUCCGUUUGUCUGCAAUUACUGUCCGCAAGCAUUUAGUUCAUCCAACACACGUUAUCUGCACGAGAAAAACGUUCAUGGAGCAUCUCCACGCAUUCAUAGAAAUGUGAAUAAAUCGAAUCCAUGGAAUGAACGCAAAGCAAGUAAAACGCAGCCGGAUUCACUGCCAAAGGAAACUGUCCGUAACUUUUGCAUGUAUUGCGAUAAAAGCUAUGCCACGAAAUACGCGCUGAACGGACAUAUCAAUCAGCAUUUGGGUCUUACUCCUUAUAAGUGCAAAAAAUGCGAUAUGAGAUUUGCGACACCUCAAGCUAAAAAGAAGCACGAGAUGAGGCACGAUAGUAAGCGUCCCUUCGAGUGUGACAUUUGCCUCAAAGGAUUCUACACACGCACCAAGCUUAAGGAGCAUGAACGGAUUCAUACGGGCGAACGUCCUUACAGAUGUGACCUCUGCGAUGCAUAUUUUAGAUACAAGUUCAACUUGCAUUCGCAUCAGUUCAGUAAAAUGCAUAAGGACAAUCUGAAAAAGGCGCAAAGCGAGAAAAUUAUCGAAGACUCAAGUUAAUUGAGGAAAUUACACUAUUAUUUGUAUUAAGUUUUGUAAAAAUUCAGUGAAUAGCUUAAUUUUUUUUUAUAAAAACAAGUCUCAAAGCUCCAACAACUA